GGCGGUGCUGAGGAGCCCAAAAAGCCGAAGGAGCGGCGUGGGGAGCGGAGCGGUGCGCAGCGAUGGGGUCGUGCGGGGCCCUCGGCUGGGGGCUGCUGUUGCUCGGCGCCGUGUGCGGGGCGGCGGGCGAGCCACACUCCCUGCGGUACUUCGACACCGCGAUGACGGAUCCCGGCACCGGGCUGCCCUGGUUCGUGUCUGUGGGGUACGUGGACGGCGAGAUCUUCGUGCACUAUGACAGCACCGCGCGGAGGUACGUGCCCCACACCGAGUGGGUGAAGGCACCUGGAGCUGUGGAUCCCGAAUACUGGGAGAGAUGCACUCAGAUCUUACAGAGAACUGAGCAGGUUUACCGCGUGAGCCUGGGCAUACUGCAGGAACGCUUCAACCAGAGCGGCGGGAGCGACCGCCCCGUCAUCUGA